UCUUGCGCAUGCGCAUUUCUCAGUUCCGGUAGCGCUCCAACAGCAACGCAGAUGUUGGUUUUGACAGAAGAAGAAAACAUCUGAUCCCGUCUCCGUCCGUCCUGCUGUCCUCCGGUCAUGUCUGCAACGUCGGGGUUAGUGUUGGUGGUCCUGACAGCCUCUCUACUGUCCGGACACUCCAGAUUUGUUGCUGAUCCUUUGUCUUCAGUCAGACAGGAGCCUCUGAUUCUGGAUGUUUGUCCAGAAUGCAGCCAGAUCAUCCAGCUGUCAGCCAACAUGAUCUCCAGCAGUGACACAAAGGUGACUGUUUUUAAAAGCUUAUACGCUUUGUGCCAACACCUUCCCAGAGAUCAGGUGUCAGGGUGUGAGUUACAGGUUAAAGCCUACCUACCAAAAAUCCUGCGGCAGUCGCCCGUCCAACAGAAACCAGAAGAGACCUGUGAGGUGUUCGGACUUUGCAUUCCCAACAAGGAGAAGGAACUUCUGAAACUUUCCCAUCAGCUCUCAAACACUGAAAAAUCCACUUCUGAACUUAGCACCGCUUCAAAAGCUCAAGGGGUUUUGAACCCAGUCUGCCCCUUGUGUUUGCUCGUCAUCAAGAAACUUGAGGAACUGUUGCCUAAAAACAUGACUGAGGAGACUUUAAUGAAGCUGAUGGGAGAAGUCUGUGAUCUGAUACCUAAAAGUUACAAGGACCAAUGUGAUGAUUUUGUCAACAAAUACGGCGCAGAGAUCGUAGAGUUCCUUCUGUCUUCUGCUGCUCCCCACACCAUCUGUACUCUUUUACACUUGUGUUUGUUUGAGAUGCAGUCUGUUCCUGAUGUGCGCCCAUCCUCCGACUGUGACUCAUGUCAAACUCUGGCCGUACUGAGCCGCCUUUACCUCGGGCUCAACGCCACCAAACCUCAGACGUCAGCUUUCCUUCAGUCUGUGUGCAUCCAGCACCCGAACGCCAUCCCCAAGUGCGAGGAUUUCACCAGAAUCUAUGGGCUACAGCUGCAGAGGGUUUUGGGAAGCCAAAUGGAUGUUCCACACGUUUGUGAGAGAGCUAAUCUGUGCUCAUCAUCAAAGAAACCAGAGCCUCUGGGGAAGAACCCCUGCACAUGGGGACCAAGCUACUGGUGCAAAAAUCUUGAAACAGCUCAGAAGUGUGGUAAUCAGGUCUUCUGUAAGAAAUACGUGUGGAAGAAAUAGAACCAACCGUACCAGGCUCGCCGCAGCUUUGCGUUACGACACAAUGAUCUGAUUUCUGCAAGUGUAAUGCACUGAUCACCUUUUGUCUUUUAAAUGUAAUGCACUGAUCACCUUUUUAUGUUGAGUGGGGAAAUCCCCCAUCUCUCAUACUAAUCCAGUGAAUCAAGUAUCCUAAAUAUCCAUUUGCAUGAGAUUCAGUCUGAAACCGCUCCUGUACGGUAAUUCUUGAGCAGUGUUAAGCCGGGCGUACACGGUGCGACUUUUUCACUCGUAGCACUCAGCUUCAGCUCAAACUGUACGACUUCCUCGCAGGGCAGAUCUCACGAGUCAUGUGCUCACACUGUACGACCCAGUUCUCGGAUGCGGUCUGACUGCUGCUCACACUGUUCGUCUGGUAGCAACACGUCGGACCUAAAAAUAUGUUAAAAAUAGCAGUUUUUACUCAACACGUCAGACUUUUUUGACUUGUUUUGCCUGUUGUCCUUCAGGAGUGUUGCAGGAGGGAUUUAUGGGGGUUGGAUGAGGAAAACGAAAUAAAGAAAGUAAAUCUGUGUUUUGUGAUCAGUUUAAUUUGACAUGAACACGACAAACAUGCUUUCUUGACAAUAUUUGUGAGUAAAAAAACCGUGUAGAAACAAAAACGUACAACGUGUGUUAUUAGGGAAAUAGCGGGCGAGCGGCAUUGAUGCAGGAUUGCACAUGCGCCGUGAGCGGUUCUGAUCCAUUUUGUGUCGCAGCUGCUCGCAGCGCCGCUUCAACAGUGCGAUACCCUCAUGAGGGACGAGCAAAAUAUUAAACACGCCAGAAGUCCGUGCGAGCUCACGAUUGCUGAUCGGUAGCUGGUCACAUGGUGUUAAUCGCCUCUCGUAACCCCCCGUACACUACACGACGCUCGGCGCAAAACUCGCCCCGAUCUUGUGGAUUCUCACACGAGUGGAAAAUUGGCUCAAAAAAGUGAAAAAGUCGCAGUGUACGCCCGGCUUUAGUGAUGCUUCCUCUCUGAUUGUGCUGCUGCUCUUCCGGCAGCUGGUGAAGAAGAUCAAAUACAAAUAAAACCUAAUUUAAAGGUUG